UAGCCAUGGAUAUGUGUAUAUAACUAACAUAAUAUGCAUCAGAUUACUUUCAUUCUCCAAGAGACGAAGAUAUAUAUAUACAUACAUACAGUACUACUGAACACAAAAGAAACAAAGUAGAUCGAAAGAAGGUGCAAUAAUGUCGUUGGAUGAAAAGACAAAUGUUCAACCACCAACAGACCCUUUCUUUGAAAAUUUUGUUCCUCCCUCUGACUGGGAUCGUAAGAAAGAAAGUGACACGCUAAUUCUUAUGCUUCCAGGGUUUAGAAAGGAGCAACUGAAGGUUCAAGUAUCCUCCAAGCGUGUCCUAAAAUUGAGUGGAGAAAGAAAGAUCAGUGAGAACAAAUCGCGUCGAUUUAACAAGGAAGAGGAUCUUCAAGCAUAUCAUGACACCAGUGGGAUUACUGCCAAGUUUGAAGCUGGGAUGCUGUAUGUAAAGAUUCCAAAAAUAAUCGAUUCAACAUCAAAACAAGAAGAACCUUCAAAGCCUGAUCAACAACCACCACCGACAACUGAUGAUAACAAACCAGAUCAAGAUCAAGAACCUACUGAUCAAAAAGAGGAUAAAACUGCAGAACCAAAAACUGAGCCACAACCACCACCACUCCAAAAGGAAGAACAAAAGGUGGGAGCAGAAGAGGAAGAUUCUCAGAAGAAGCCAGAGAAGGAGGAGAAGAAAGAAGAACCUGAAGCCAAAAGCAAAAGUUCUGAAGCUGAUGAGGAGAAAAUGCAUGGAGCCACAGAAAGAGUUGAGGAAGAGAAGGAAUCAGGUCAUGAAGAUUUGGAAAGAAAGUUGUCACAGAAGGAGAAGGGCAAAGCAGAAGAAAAUGAUGAUGAUCAUGGCAAUGAGAUGAUGGGAAGUGGAGGUCCUGAUGAAGGGUUGUUUAAGCGAAGUGUGGCCAAGAUGAAGGAAAGAGGGCAGAUGAUUUCUGGUUUGGUUGAGGAGGUUAAGAAGCAAAAUAAAAUGGCACACUUUGUGGUCCUCAUCUGUCUUGUGUUGCUCAUUGGAAUCUACAUCAAGAAUGUAGUCAAAUCAUCUUUUGGAGGACCCAAAAAUCAAGAACUUUAACUGCUUAAUUUUAUGGGAUCUUUAUUAUGUCAAUAUGCCACAAGACCUUAUCUGAAUGUACGAACUAUACAUGCAUAAAUUCAUCAAGAAAAUAACUAGUUUUUCUACGAUCAUUGAUUAUUCAUGGCUUAUGACAGUCGUGAAAGAAAUUAACUUCACGUAAAAAUGUAUUGCUAAUUAAUAGUAUA